AGAUAGUCUUGCAUGUUUGUUUCAGAACAAUGUUGUCUGCGGGUCUCGCAUUAGUUUGUAUUUUAGUCGGAACGGUCUGGCUUUGGUUGAAACCGCGUUUUUCUUAUUGGCGUCGCAAGGGCGUAAAAGAAUGGGAAGCUACUUCGAUUUUUGGUCACUACCGGAAUGUGGUCGCCCUCAGAGGGAACGAGGUAGACGAGUGCUACAAGAAAUUGGGCGAUGUCAAAUUCGGCGGUUAUUAUUUCCUCUGGAAGCCACUUCUCAUGGUCAAAGAUGAGGACUUGAUUAAGAAAAUAACGGUGAAGGAUUUUGAUCAUUUCACGGACCACCCGCCUUUCCUCGACGUCAACAACGACACCGACGCCGUGCUUAGGUCUCUGUUCUUUUUGAACGGUGCAGAAUGGAAGACGAAGCGGGCCGCGAUGUCGCAUUUUUUCACGCCGAGACGGCUUAAAAUUCUCCCCGGCUCUGUCGAAAAACUCUGCACGGAUCUAUUUCCGAAAUUCGACCGGCUCGCCGAGUCGAAAGAAGAUUUCGAGAUUGAAAAUCAAACGGCGGAGAUCUCGAUGAACAUAAUCACGACGACUUUCAUCGGCGUGGACGUCAAGGACCAGACUUUCUUCAGAAGUGCGGUUAAACUUUUUUCCGAACCGGGAAUGGCCAACGUGUACAAAUUCAUUUUGUACAAUGUCCACCACGCGGUCCACAAAAUCCUUCGCCUGACCACUCUGGACAAAGAGAUUCAUCCUAUAUUUGCAGACCUAGUCGAUAAAGUGAUUACAAAAAGGUUAGAGCAAAACAUUGCCGCAGAAGAUUUGUUUGACUACCUGAUUAAGUGCAAAAAUGGCGAAAUUAAACAAUUCGAAGGUAAGAGAAACAUUGCUUAUUGCACUCAAUUGUUAUGAAGCUUUUGCGCUUUUCACUUUAUUUAUU